AUGACUAUCUCGGAAAUUGCAAAGCAUUCGGUAAAGGACGAAGAAAUUAUCGAUGCAAAGGCCUGCCUGGAGUGCGACUCAUGGAAACCAGGAUCCCUAAAACUGCUGUACCCAUUUCGAUUUGAGUUAUCAGCAAUAGGACCCCUUCUUUUGCGAGGUAACCGAAUUGUUAUUCCUCAAUCACUUCGGAACCAAGUGCUUGAGCUGGCUCACGAAGGACACCCGGGAGAGUCAGCUAUGAAAAGGCGUCUGCGAUCCAAGGUAUGGUGGCCUCUAAUUGAUCGUGAUGCAGAGAACUAUGUCAAACGCUGCAGAGAUUGUCUUCUGGUCUCCCAAUGCCCUAGGCCAGCACCAAUGGAUAGGAACCCAUUUCCAACAGGUCCAUGGAUUUGGGUAGCAUCAGACAUAUUGGGGCCCCUACCAAACAACGAGUUUUUUAUAGUGUUUAUUGACUACUAUUCCCGCUAUAUGGAGUUCAAAUUUGUACGUUCAAUUUCCACAAAAAGCUUAAUUGAAGUAAUGAAGGAAAUAUUCUGUAGAUUAGGCUACCCAAAAUACUUAAAAACUGACAAUGGACGGCAGUAUAUAAGUCAAGAAUUCGAGGAAUACUGCAAAACUUGCGGUAUAGAACAGGUGAAGACUCCACCCUAUUGGCCCCAGGCUAAUGGGGAAGUGGAAAACAUGAAUCGGUCUUUGGUCAAACGGUUAAAGAUAGCACACUCUAAUUCAAAGAAUUACAGGGAAGAAAUCCAGAAAUUUGUACUCAUGCACAAUGUUACUCCACAUGGCACAACAGGAGUAGCCCCCACCCAACUGAUGUUUAAUAGGGUCAUCCGCGACAAGGUUCCAUGUAUAGGUGAUAUUGAUGAAGAGGUUUCAGACUCGGCCGAAAGGGACAGGGAUUGUAUGUUAAAAGAAAAAGGAAAGGAAGAGGCAGAUAAAAAGAGGGGAGCACGGGAAGCCGUGAUAAACGUAGGGGAUAAAGUACUCUUGAAAAAUGUAGUGUUUCCUAGUAAGUUGACUCCGAAUUUUAAGGAUACGGAAUUCGAGGUUGUUGAAAAAGACAGAAACAUAGUUAAAAUUAGGGCAGGGGGUAGGACUCUCACGAGGAAUGUAUCGCACCUCAAGAAAAUACCAAUCAACGCAAGUCACCUGGAUACAUCUGGACCCUCAUCGUUAAGCAGCCCUCAACCGAAGAUGACAUCUACUCAGGAUCACCAAGACGUCGAAGCAGGAAUAGGUCAUCGGCUUAGACAGUCCCCAGAAGAUUUGGCUCUUUUGGCUGCCCCAUCCUUGAAGCUAAAACUUGUCAAUAAAGGAGGGAUGUGGGAGCCGGCAAUGAGCGGCGAUGUCAUGCAGGAGAGCGGCGAGAAUGGCAAGGAGAGCGCGAGCGGAGUGACAGAGCAGGGGGAGAGUUAG